AUGGAGUACCAUGAGGAAGGUGAGUCGAAUAGAGAUAAGCAGCUCGCUAACUACUACACAAGGAAGAUCAAUUUUAAGUUUCCGCUGGAGGCAUGUGAAUUUGUAGGUACAUGGAAUGGAUUGAUCUGUAUAUCAGUCAAGACUGUGCAUGUUUCCUACAGAGAGGAACCUGAACCUAAACCAGCUUUAUACAUAUGUAAUCCCAUUUCCAAAGAAUUCACAAGUCUUCCAGGGUUAAGGAUCAACAAAGAGAAAUUGGACAAGAAUGAUGGUGUUCAAAUCGUACAUGGAUUUGGCUACGAUCCUCAAACUAACAAAUACAAGGUUGUCAGAGUUGAGUCGAUUACAAAAAUUCCUUCAAGGGGUCACAUGUCGAGGUAUACACACUUGGGAGUGGCUUCCGGACGAACUCCAAAGAUUGUUGUCUUUGAUUUGGCAGAUGAGAAAUUCCACUUGCUUCCUGCACCUCCAGGUGUGCCAUACUGCGGCAAACUUUUUGUUAUGAAGGGGUGUCUGUGUCUUGGUGAAACAUAUCGUAAAUUAGGUCAAUAUUGGAAAUGGGACUUGUGGUUUUUAAAAACCAAUGAGGAAGAGAGUAGCAGUAGCAGUUGCCAAGAAGGAGAGCAUUAUUACAGUUUCUGGAGUUGGCGUAAAGAAUUCAGGACAUUGGGAACGAUAGAUUUCAAGGAAAGUUACUGUGAACCAUUUUCCAUCACGAACAAGGGUGCAGUUUUAUUAUUCGCAAAUGACCUUGGCGUCAUCAGUCUUUAUAAUCCGGAAACAAAUACUGCUACUCCGAAACAAAUUCGGAAUUUUUCUGAAUACUGCAGCCCGGGUACGGAGAUGCCCAUACCACACAUCAACAGCUUUGUUUCAUUGAAAGCACUGGGAGAAGAAAAUGUGAGGACAAACAUAGUAGAUGGCCACCCUCGAGCGAAGAUUAGCCAGCUGUAA